AUGUCCACCGAAAACCUCCCCGAGGCUCCUGCUGCUUCCGCCGCCGUCGCCGUAAAACUUCCGGACUUCUGGAAGUCAGAUCCGGCGAUGUGGUUUGCACAAGCUGAAUCCCAGUUUGUGCUGGCCGGAGUCAACAAGGAUGAGACGAAGUUUCACCACAUCGUUGCAAAAAUCGACCAGACAGUAAUCUGCCACGUAGCUGACCUGGUCAGGAAGCCUCCUGCGACGGGAAAGUACAACGCUAUCAAGGAACGUCUCAUCGCCCGUUUCGAACUAACGGCACAGGAAAAAAUGGAAAAGCUGCUCGGUUCUUGCGACUUGGGAGACCUCCGCCCAACGCACCUCUUGGCUAGGAUGCAGGAGCUUGCUUCCGGCCUCAAGGUCGACGACUCGCUGCUGAGAAUGCUGUUUUUACAACGACUUCCGGCGAACAUCCGUGGAGUACUCAGCAUCAACGAUGGCAGUCUCUCGAAGCUGGCGGAAAUGGGCGAUAAAAUGACGGAGUUGGUUCCACAAACUUCUGCUGUCAAAACCCUUGCCGUACCGGAUUCGCAGGAAAGCCUGGCGGAUCAAGUCGCUGCCUUGACAGCUGAGCUGCAGCGCAUGAAGGCACAAGGACCUGAGCGCAGAAGACCGCGUUCCGUUUCUCGCAAACGCGACGAUGAAAGCACAAUCUGCUGGUAUCAUCGCAAGUACGGCAGCCAAGCUGACCGUUGUCGAAGCCCGUGCAAGUUCCACCAGUCAAAAAACUAA